AUGUUAACAAGAAGAAAAAGUUCUGAAUUAAUUGAACCAGAGAUUGUUAAAAAGGUCAAAGGAAUCGAUGAGAGCAACUUGAAAGCAUAUAUAAAAAACAAGCAAACAAGAAAAGUUUUAGAAGGUAGAGGCAUCUCAAAUUUAUUCCCAAUUCAAUAGUAAUGUUUUGAAACAAUUUACAAUGGAGAUGAUAUUAUAGGGUAGGAUAGAACAGGUUCAGGUAAAACUCUUGCAUAUUGCCUCCCAAUUCUUGAAAGAAUAAGAGGAUUAGGAUUAAAAUAAAAUAAAAAUCCUUAUGUAUUAGUAUUAUUACCAACAAGAGAAUUGGCAAUCCAAGUAACUACUGAAUUUAAUACUAUUUUACAUAAAGAAAAUGAAUACAGAAUUUAUAGUAUAUAUGGUGGUACAGAUCUAAGAAACUAAAUUGAUUAAGUGAGAUAAGGAUGUGAAAUAGUAGUUGGAACACCUGGAAGAAUAUAGGAUCUUUUGGAAAGAAAGGUUCUAAAAUUAGAUGAAAUUCAAGUGGUUGUUUUGGAUGAGGCAGAUCAAAUGUUGAAUUUUGGAUUUUAAGAAAAUAUUGAAAAGAUCAUGUCAUAUUUCAAUGAAAGAAAAAUUUAAAUGCUAUUAUUUAGUGCUACUAUACCUGAUUGGGUAAAGGAACUAUCACACAAAUAUAUGGAAGCCAAUACCAAACAUAUUAAUUUAAUUAAGAGACAUGAGACUUAAACUUCAACAACUGUCAAACAUUAUGCCCUCUAAUGUGCAAGAAAUCAAUUAAGCGGUGCAAUAGGUGAUGUAGUUUCAGUUUAUGGUGGAAGACAUGCAAGAACUAUUAUCUUUUGUGAGACUAAAAGAGAAUGCAAUGAAAUUAUUUUGCAUUCAAAAUUACCAGCUGAAACAUAACCAUUACAUGGAGACAUUCCUUAAUAAUAAAGAACAGUGACAUUUGAAGGAUUUAAAAAUGGAAAAUUCAAAUGUUUAGUUGCAACCAAUGUUGCAGCUAGAGGAUUGGAUUUCCCAUAAGUAGAUUUAAUUAUUUAAUGCAAUCCUCCUAAAGAUAUUGAAUCAUAUAUCCACAGAUCAGGAAGAACAGGUAGAGCUGGAAAGGAUGGAAAGGAUAUGGGUUUGAUUGAAAGAGUGGAGAGAGUAGCUAAAAUAAAAUUCAUAAAAAUUUCUGCUCCUCAACAUUAAGAUAUUAUCAAGGCAAGCUCAAGAGAUUUAUAAACUAUAAAGAGACUUGUUGAUAUGUUUUAACCUGUGGCUUAAGAGAUCAUUUCUAGAUGUGAUCCAGUAGAAGCCUUGGCUAGAGCCUUAGCAUGUGUGAGUGGAUAUAAAGACAAACUAUAGAAUAGAUCUAUGUUAGGAUCUUUUGAGGGAUAUAUAACAUAAGUGUUAAGAUCAUCAACUCCAUUCUAAGCUUGUGGUUAUAUUUGGAAGUUCUUAAAGAAUAACUUUUCAGAAUAGAUUUGCAAUAGUAUUAAGGGUAUGAAAAAAAUAAGAAAUGAGAACGGUGUUGCAUUUGAUAUUAGUGAAGAUGUCAAGGAAGAAUUUGAAAAUCAAUACUAGGAGAUAUCACAAAAUGGAUAUUGCAGAGGAAUUGAAAUUGAAUAAGCCACUAGUCUUCCAGAUAUAAUUGAAGAAUAAUUUUAAUCACAUCAAAACUAUCAUUAAUAACCAACAGUUUAAGUCUCACAAACAGUUAAAAAGGAAUAAGAAAUAUUUAUAGGAGGGUUAGAUUUUAAGAUUACAGAAGAUGAAAUUAAAAAUGAAUUCAAAAAUAGAGGAGUUGAGUUAUUCAAUCUCAGAUUAUUAAGAGGCUAGGAUGGUUAAUCAAAAGGAUCUGCUUUUGGAGUGUGUAGAACUAAAGAAAUGGUAUCAGUGGCUAUAAAAUAAAAUGGAACUAAAUUCAGAGGAAGAAACGUUCGUGUAAAUAUGGCAAAUGAAAAACCUAAAUGAUAAAUUUUUAUAUGUAUAUAUAGUAAAAUACAUUAUCUAAAUACA